AUGUAUACACACGCCGCGGUAGCCGCCGCCGUGAGACAUCAACAAGUCGGGCGGCACAAGCGCGCACGCGGCGGUGAAAACGCGGGUCACCAUGGUGACCGCGGUGGACGGGCGGACGGUGGAGGGCGGGCGACAUCAUUCGCGUACGGGCGGCACGUCGCGUCAGUCGUCGUGUACGUGUACGCGCGCGUGUUUGCCGCUCUACAAACUGCACCGGACCGGUGGUGCGCGCGUGUUGUUGUGUGCGCGUCAAUCGUAUACUGCAUACACACACGCAGUAUAAUAUACGUGUGUAGGUACACCGAACAACCGCCACCCCUAUCACCAACACCACCCCAAUCACCACUACCCUCUAAUUCACUCCUCACACGCCGUCAUCACCACCACCGCCACCGCCACCGACGCCGACUCUCUACCACUUCCCGCGACGACCGCGGUUUCCGCAACCGAAUCGCCGCCGCACCACCUGAUGGAUCCGCGCCGGACCGUGUAACUGCCGUGGUGCGACACACGGCGACCGCGACGACACCGACACCGCGCCGCUCGCGCAUCGCUUGUUUCGCCGACACGACCGGCACCUACGACAUUAUCGUCGCUGUCGCCGUCGUCGUUGUCGCCGUCGUCCUCGUCGUCAUAUACCGCGACGGGCGACGACCGCGGUCGCAGCGUCCCGUCCGAAUAUCUUCUUCUGGUUUGCGGUUGUCCCACUGCAGGAUAUAUCGCUUUAAAACAGUACAGGACUGCGAGUCCAUCGCCAUGUUGCGCUUCGAAGCAUGUAUGUCAUCUUCCCGGCGGACGAAGUCGUACAGCUGUCAUUCGGUCGACCCGCAACACGUCAGCGUCAACAGCAGCGGUCCGGUCAACGUUGCUAUUGCGACCAACACCGUACUGUCCCAGUCGUGGAUGGCGGUAACAAACUCUUAA